GUUUAAACAGAGAAGUACUGUACAACUCCUCCUUCGCCGGUGACAACUCUACUUCGGCACUUCUUGGAGAUUUAAAAAAUAAGAGGAAGCUAGAGAGCCGGAUUCCUGGAGUACUUUGUCUCACACGGUGCACUCGGGGGACUACUGCGUGAAACACCACCGGGGGCUGGAUGUCUACAUGCUAACAGCCGAAACCAAGGAAGGGGGAAAGGCCAGCUUGGAGGAUGACAUACGGCAGCUUCAGAAACACAUGCAGAGCCACCGGCACAUGAAUUUAAGGAAGCAGACAGAAUCUGUGCUAAGAGAUUCUGGGAAUAGCUGCAGUAGAGGAACAGAGCCCGAUGGUCACCCAGCCACUACCUCUCAGAGGCUAGAAGAAAUGGCAAGAGAAGGAGGGAAGGAAAGCCCAUCUGAUCUUAUUCACCUUGACAGCAGGCAGCUCUUGGACCAAACCCACCAGGAGGACAAAUGCAACAGCAAGAGUUUGGGAGCUGUCAAUGACGCACCAAAGGACUUACAGAGCCUGGGGGAUGCAAAGAACACAGAGCGCUCCUGUGAAAGUAAAAAUACAGUGAUGUUGAGUAAAAAGGAAGAGGAGGAGCCAGCCUCUGUUACAGGCUCUGGGACUGUAUCGGACAAAAACGACUGCACACUCAGCCUGUGUGUAGACGUAAACGGUGCUGUAAGUCUUCCAUCCUGUGGAAAUACAAAUGAGGAAGCUGGAAUGACAUCUGCUGGAGCUGUUUUGGAUCCCACCAACUUGUGCAGUAAAGAUAGUACCCAUCAGGAAGUGCAAGUUGCUGAAGAGCGUGCAGUUGAAAGUGCUGUUACAGUGGCUGAAACGGCAGGCAAAACGCCAGCUUCCCCGGUGGCCGUGGAUGUGGCUAUGGGCCAAACUGAAUGCAGGAACUGUGCAGGGACAGCUGAUAGGGCUCCAGGCCCGCAGCAGGUAGAGGAUGGGAUGGCUGAGACCAGUGAAAUGAAGACUGCAACACUGAAAGAGCAAUCACCAGCUAAGGAAGAGUCAGCCAGUGCUGCUCAGCCCUUGCUCUGUGGUUUUAAUGGCACUGACUGUGCAGAUGAGGAGGAUGCAACUGUGCAAGCGAUGCCAACAUGUGACGAUACCAAUGGAGAUGUUAGCACUGAUGAUCUCUCCGUUGGCUUUUGCAAGACCAGUGAUAAGAGAGAGCCCGGAGCAGACUCGUGCACUGAUCAGGUAAACAACAGCUUCUUAGAAAACCAAGACAAUCCCCUUGUCAAGGACAGGCAGGACAUCACUGCGAACACUGGGGCAGUGUUGCCAGCAGUGAAUGGGGCGAAGACUCCAGCGUGUGCACCAAAACACGAUCCCGUUUUGGAAAUCCAUGACAGCAUUAAGAAUGGGGAGCAAGAAUUGCAGGUAGAAGGUGGUAGCACGGAUGCAAAAUCUAGCUCGCUGUGGCUGGGAGACAGUGUGGAAACUGAUGGUCCCAAUGCUAAACCUGAAAAUGAUGAAGUUGAUAGACCUGAUCAAAGCAAUGCGGAACUGGUAUGUUGCCAGGAAAGCAGUAAGAUCACUGAAUUUGCAAAUGCAGCGAUGGAGAGCGUUGAAGCCCAUGAAGAACAGGCAGUAGGAACUGAUACCAGCAGCAGUGGAGAUGAAGGAAGGACUGAUUCUGCAAAUGGAGGUCAGGAAAUCACUAGCUCUUGCCCUUCUGUCGAUGAAACUAGUGUUAAAGAUGAAAUGGGUGACAGCUUAAAAUUAGACACUGCUCAAGAGAGCAAACAUGAGCCUGGAUCACUCCCUCCAGAGGAUGCGAGCUCACGCCUGCCAGAAAAAGAGCCACCACAAGAUGAAGCAGAAAUAGCAGGAAGCGCUCCUGAACAGGAGGGGCUCAGCGAGGAGGUGAAGUCGCUCUCUCCUUUACCUGGAGGAGAGGGGCCAUCUGCUAGUCAGGAGGGAGCUGCUGCAGUGGCACCUCUCGGGCAGGAGACAGCUCUGCAAGGUAAUGACCCUGAAGUAUCUCCGUGUGCCAAGGGUGCAGACCGUAUACAGGAUAAUUUAAUGGGCACACCCUCUGUAAUUCAUAAUGAAGACUCUAAACAAAACCAGGAAGUGGCAGCAGCAGCAGGCUCAGCAGGGCUGCCGGAGCAUGGCAACGCUGCCGCGCAAGCAGGCUUGCCCGUAGAGCAUGCGGGGGAAGAGGGCUCUUGGGAGCAGAGCCUCUCCCAGCAGGCUGAAGGAAACGAAGCCCAGCCUAACCAGGAGGCUUGUGAAAGUGACAGGGAGAAGGUUUUGUCGGAGGAACUUGCUGCUGCUGUUGUGAAAGCUGCCAGCAGCCAUGAGGUGUCUGCAGCAGUUAGCAGCGCUGCAGACGCUGGGCUGACAGAGAAGGUCCUCAGUGAGGAAGCAUGUGAGACCGUGACAGUGGAGGCAGAAGUCAUUGUGCAAGACCCUGAAUCAGAAGACAAGUCAGCAGAUGCAGUGGACAAUCCUUGUCCGGAUGCAGGGCCAAACCAAGAAUGUCAACCCCAUCAAGGUCUGCAAGGAGCCUCUCUGCACAGCAUCACCCCAGAGCUAAAGGACCCGUUGGAAAUGGAGGCACCAGCAGCUGCCUGUGAGGAUAAGGAGGUGUUAAGGGUAGCGGCAAUCACCCCUGUAGCAAUGUAUCCGGAAGAGCAGGAGAAUAUGGACAGCGUGCUUCCCAGAGCGACCCUUCAGCCAAUUGCCGAAGAGCCCACGUGUGACAGUGACUCCAGCACAGACACUGUCUGCCUGGCCAGCGAGAGCGAAGCUGGUCCUGAUGCAAAGGCAGCUCAGGGGGAGGUCUUGGCUGAGCCUGAAGAAUGCAAAGCGAAGCAAAGCCAAGCCGUAUUGGAAUCGACCUUCUCGCAGGGUUCGUGCCGUUUAAAUGCUGUUGAGUCACUGGAGAAUGUGGGAGUAAAGAGUUUGGUUUCGGCAGAUGAUGGCUUUUCUCUGGAUAAAGUUCCUAAAAUGGUAAAAAGUUUUGAUGCAGUAGUUUUUGCAUCGGAGACACCUUGUUCCCCUGAAUUACCAGAAAGUGCGGGGCUUGAACCCUGGCCUGCAGUGGAUACAGCAACCAGCCUUAAUGGAGAAACGGAUUUAAGCUCCCCAGCAAAGAGGAGGAACAUCAGCCCGGGAGCACAAGGAUCUGAGCCUGGUACAGGGAAGUUGGAAAUGAAAACUGAAGAUGAGGUGGAUUUUAUGAAAGAGCACAAAGAGAGCACGGCCUGUGAGGGAGCGAUAAACCGUGAAAGCUGGUGUUCAUUAGAGCCAUGUCCCGAUUCUUCACUGCUGGAGCCAAGGCGGACCCGGGAGUCUCCAGAAUGUGAAAACUUCUUGGAGGAUGGGCUGAGCCGUGUGUGUGCCUCGUCACAGGAAGUCCUCAAAAGAGAGUCCGGGAGUGAGACUGAGCUCUUCCCCUUGCCUGGUGAUGGGAUGGAAGAUAUUGUCUUUGGAAAGCAACCUGAAGAGGAGCAGUCAGCAUGUGAUGUCACCAGCUCCAGUUCCUCUGCCGAUGACACCAUGUCUUUGGAAAGAAACUCAUCCCUGGGCAGCGACACUUCCCUUCCCUUCCCACCGACGCUGAACUUCAUGAGGCCCAAGGACAGGUACAGUUUGGACGGAAGCUGCAUUAACAUGGUGGCUGCGGAGGGAAGAGGAGGUGAACCCACUGGCCCAGGAGAGACGGAAGAAGAGUUGGAUAGCAUAACAGAUGUGCCUGCGCAUUCCUCUGUCUUGAGAAACCCCAUGCGACCGCUGUCACCUUUCCGUCGGCAUAGUUGGGGGCCAGGAAAGAAUGCCACCAACGAAGCAGAAAUAAAUCAGAGGAGUUCUAUGCGAGUUCUGGGGGAUGGUAUAAAGAAGCCUCCCAUUCAUAGGAGAAGUUUGAGCUGGUGUCCCUCUGGCGUACAGUUCAUUGCCAUGGGUCCUGACUUUAAUUGUAGAAGUUACAGCCUAGAAGGCCUUGCUGGAGAGGCUGGUGAGAACAAGAAGCCCUCAGCAAGCUUGGAGGCGUCUCCUCUGAGUUCCAAGGACCUCCGACAAAGUCCGCUGGCCAGUGAUGAGUGCGGGUCCUUGGUCUCGCUCACUGAAGAACUUGAGCAGGGGGAAAUCAGAGACUAUGAUCACCAGAUGCAUCAAAGAUCACAGCCGCAAGGAUUUCAUUUCUGUGCUUCUGCUGUUUCUUCUCCACUGACCAAAUCUAUGUCUCUAAUGGCAAUUAGUAAACCAGUUCUGGACACUUUUCCAGCUACACGACAGUUCAGCGGCCCCAGCAGCUCCUCAGUUCACAGCAUAUCUGAAGAGAGCACCAGUGUCCCCUCUGGUAAAGGUGGAACAAAAGUCAGUCGCACCUUCAGCUACCUCAGGAAUAAAAUGUCCAGCAGCAAGAAGAGCAAACAGGAAAAAGAGAAAGAGAAAGAGAAGACUAAAGAGAAAGACAAGGAUUCCAAGGAGAAGGAAAAAGACAAGAAGCUGCUGAAUGGGCAUCUCUUCACUGCAACCUCUGUUGUAGCCCAAGCAACCUGUUACCACUGUAUGAAACCUUUCAAUAAGGAUUCGUACUACUGUGCAAACUGCAAUGCAAUUGUUCACAAAGGCUGUAAGGAGAGUUUUGCCUCUUGUGCCAAGGUCAAAAUGAAGCCACAGAAAGGGAUGCUGCAGGCACAUGAUACCUCUUCAUUACCCACAGUAACCAUGAGAAACAAAAGCUCGCAGCCUAAGGAGCGCCCGCGCUCUGCAAUACUUGCUCCUGAUGAAAACACCGUAACCUCGAUAUUCAAUAACAGGAGAUCACAACAGACUACAGCACUUUCAAAGAGUGUCUCCAUACAGAACAUUGCAGGAGUGGGCAAUGAUGACAGCUUAAUACAUACUUGGAAAUUCCUGUCGCAGUCAACAGACUCUUUGCAUAAAAUCAGCCGGGUGAACGAAUCCAUGGAAUCACUAAUUGAUGAGGGUGCAGACAUGAAUGAAGGACAGCUGAUGGGAGACUUGGAACUAGAUUCGAAGCAGCUGGAGGCAGAAUCCUGGAGCCAAGUAGUGGACAGCAAGUUCUUACGACAGCAGAAGAAAGAUAUUGUCAAACGGCAAGAUGUCAUUUACGAGCUAAUGCAGACAGAAAUGCACCAUGUCCGCACCCUGAAGAUAAUGAAUGAUGUAUACAGUGCAGGGAUGGUAAAGGAGCUGCAGUAUGAUCAACAUGUAGUAGACAAGAUCUUCCCCUGCCUGGAAAACUUGCUGCACAUCCACAGUCACUUCUUCCAGCGGAUUCUGGAAAGGAAGAGGGAGUCCUUGGCAGACAAAAGUGAGAAGAACUUUGUUAUCAAGAGGAUAGGUGACAUCCUGGUGAAUCAGUUCUCUGGUGAGAGUGCUGAGCGAAUGAAGAAAACGUACGGCAAGUUCUGCGGGCAUCACAAUGAGGCUGUAAAUAACUUCAAAGAUCUGUACUCAAAGGACAAGCGGUUUCAGGCAUUUGUCAAGAAAAAAAUGAGCAGCUCGGUGGUGAGACGUCUUGGGAUUCCUGAGUGUAUCUUAUUGGUAACACAGAGAAUCACAAAGUACCCAGUCUUGUUACAAAGGAUACUGCAGUACACCAAAGAAAAUGAAGUGGAACAUCAAGACUUGACUCAGUCGUUAAACCUUGUUAAAGAUGUGAUUGCUGCGGUCAAUAGCAAAGUCAGCAAUUAUGAAAAGAAAAUGCGUCUUGAUGAGAUUUACAACCGGACAGAUAGCAAGUCCAUCAUGAGGAUGAAGAGCGGCCAGAUGUUUGCAAGAGAGGACUUGCGGCAUCGGAAGCUCAUCCGAGAUGGGCCUGUUUCACUGAAAAAUGCAGCGAGCCGGUUGAAAGAAGUCCAGGCUGUUCUCCUCUCUGACAUGCUCGUCUUCCUUCAGGAGAAGGACCAGAAGUAUGUCUUUGCCUCACUGGACCAGAAGUCCACUGUGAUCUCUCUGAAGAAGCUGAUCGUACGAGAAGUGGCGCAUGAAGAGAAGGGUUUGUUCCUGAUCAGCAUGGGUGCCAAAGAUCCCGAAAUGGUGGAAGUCCAUGCCAGUUCCAAGGAAGAGCGCAGCAGCUGGAUACAGAUCAUUCAAGACACAAUAAAUACAAUGGAUAAAGAUGAAGAUGAAGGAGUCCCUAGUGAGUCUGAGUUGGAAAAGAGAGUGUCGGACACAAAAGUGAGAGAACUGAAAGAACAACUUCAGCAGAAGGAUAAGCAGAUCCUCAUCUUGCUGGAGGAGAAGGAGAAGAUCUUCAGGGACAUGGCAGACUGCUCUGUGCAAGAGGACCUGCCAGGCUCCAGAGUGCUCUUCAGAGCCAACACAGAGGAGGCACCAAAAGGAGAGGCCAUUAUGAAAAGUGCAAUAAAUGAAGUUGAACUGCUGCAAAGCCUGGUGAGCAGGAGCCUAGGCAGUGCCCUUGGACAGCAGGUCAGCAGCACUGCCAUCGAACAAGAAGGAGGAGUUGGCCCCAUCUCUCUCCCUAGACGGGCAGAAACUUUUGGAGGAUUUGACAGUCAUCAGAUGAAUGCCUCCAAGGGUGGAGAUAAGGAUGAAGGUGACGAUGCUCAGGACCUUCGGAGAACAGAAUCAGACAGCAUUUUAAAGAAGGGUGGAAAUGCUAAUCUUAUGUUCAUGUUGAAAAGGAAUAACGAGCAGGUUCUCCAAAGCAUCACCAACCUCCAUAAGCUGCUCAGUGCUUUGCAGGCUGUGGUGCUGCAGCAGGACACCUUCAUCGAGGACCAGAAGCUGGCUCUGAGUGAGAGAGCACUGACCCGAAGCCUCUCCCGGCCAAACUCCUUGAUAGAGCAGGAGAAGCAGCGCAACCUGGAGAAGCAGCGCCAGGAGCUGGCUAACCUGCAGAAGCAGCAGGCGCAGCACCAGGAGGAGAAGCGGAGGCGAGAGAAGGAGUGGGAGGCCCGGGAAAAGGAGCUGACAGAGCAGGAGGCCCACCUGGCCCAGCGAGAGGAGCAGGUCCAGAGAGGACGUCAGGAUCUUGAACGGGAGCGGGAAGAGCUGCAAGUGAAGAAAGCUUCCUACCAGCUUGACUUGGAGAGGCUUCGUACAGCACAGAAACAGCUGGAGAGGGAAAAGGAGCAGCUCAAGAGAGACAUGGAGCGAUUACCUCAAACGCGGUUGGAGCCUGACCACAACCAGGUUUCAAAUCUACAUGAGAAACUUGCAAGAGUCCCCUCCCUGCCCAGCCCCGAAGAUUCCUCCAAGCAGAAAAGCCCUUCCCUUCCCAAACAGGGGCACUUUGAUGCAGAACUGUCUGUGUCUCCCAAAAGGAAUAGUCUUUCAAGGACACACAAAGAGAAAAGCACUUUCCAUUUGCUUAGCACAACAAACCAGACUAACAAGGCGGCUGAAGGACAGCCCCAGAUGCCUACCCGCCUCUUCAGUUUAGCCAAACCAAAGGAGAAAAAGGAAAAGAAGAAAAAGGGCAAAGGACAUCGCUCCCAACCAUCUGAUUCUCACUCAUCAGAAGCACCGCCAGAGGGUGAGGAGAUCUUUUGCUGAGCGCCAGCACCGGCUCUGCAGGAGUACACCUUGCCUCCGCUGUGCUGCAGCUGGACCCCCCUCCCCGAGGCUGAAGCCCAUGGCUCCUCCUCUGCCCAUCAGUCUCACUCGACUUUGGUACAGUGGACAUCUCCCUGCCUGCUCCGCAGCGCGCUUCUGGUGCCUGCAUCUGACAAGCUACCCGGGGGUUUUAAAUAAAACAUGUUGUAAAGGUCUGUAAGUGGUGGGAAAAGGCCUCUCUCCUUUGGUUUUGCAUGAAUUCUCUCUGCAGAGGCUGACUGCACUGCAAAUAGUACCGUCUUUCUGUGCAAACCUUGAUUUAAAUCGAUUGGGAUGAGAGAACAUAGCCUUAAGGGGUCUGUGCCUUCAAAUUCCCCUUUUCUGGGGAACAUAACCAAAACUAAGCAUUUAGCAAAAGAUUAGGACUCUACAAAUGGUGCGUACACACUGGCAUAUAUAGAUAUACUGUAUAUAUACAUAUAUGUAUCUAUGUAUCCCCUGGGAUAUGCUUCCAGUCUGUACAGCCAAGCUUAGCUCGGCUAGUGGGGAUAGAUGAUACCUGAUGACUUUCAGGGAGCGCGUAGAUAUUAAAUAUCUUGCCCUUACUACUCAGAUUGUAACUCCAUUGACUUGCACACCCCUUUUGUGCUCGUGGGAUGUGGCAUGUUUCAGAUCAGCAAGGUACCUUACACCAAGAAGCAGUAACAGUGCGAAAAAUAAAAAUUCAGGAAAAACCUAAAAUUUGGGGGGGAAAGUAAAAUUGAAAGUAUUUCCAAAAGAUUUCAGUGGAGUAGAGGAAUUAAAUGUUAAACUCUUUCCAAAAUAAAGCAGAAUAUCUUUGGGUGUGUUGAAAAUGAUGCAAAAGAGAGAAGUUGACUAAGCUUGUGAGGCGACCCCAGGGAGCCAGAACAGUGUUCAAAUGGGAACAGCUCGAAGCAGCCUUUUCUAAGCAAUCUCUGUGACCUCCAGCUCAUUCCUUCCCAUUACUCGCUAAGUUAAGACUUUUUUUUUUUGGCCAGAAUAUUUCUCCAUUUGCAUUGGACAUCUCUUCAUACAAACCUGAUGACUUAUUGGAGAAAUGGCCGAAAGUACGCUUUUAGGGAUCUUUGUUUUGUUACGUGUAUUUUUUCUUCCCCUACUUUUUACGUUACAACCGAGCUUAUGUUUCUCUGGAUUUUGUCAGCUUCUCUAGCUUUUUUCUAACCCAAAAGGACAGAAGAGCAAUUUCCAAGCACUUCAGUAAAGACGUCACAGGACUGAGUGCUGUGAGCAGAGUGACCUCUCGGGAGAGGCAGUUCCUAGUUCCUACGCCUAUACAGUACUGUGCACUUAGGACCCAUUACGGGGAAGAAAAUCUAUUCUUACGGACGAAACACCGUGUGACAGGUCUAAAGGCCUGGCGCGCUAGGUCCAUGUCCAUCACCGCGUGCUCUCUGGUGAGCAGAGUCCAUGCACCUCCAUGUUGCCGUCCGCAGAGCAGGCAGGCUCGCAGACAGCUCUCGGGAUGCUGAAUGCAAUGCGUUUGUACAGCUGUUGAAUAUGGGGACGUAUUUAACGGGGGAAGAAGAAUGCAGCAGGGCAAAUUUUUCCCAAAGUUCGUGUUCUUCCAUACCCUGUCAGUGGACUUGCCCCCGCGAAUUUGUAAAUGGUUAUGAGUCACUAUCAGCUUCGAGUAGCUCAAGGGUUUGCUCAAACAGUUUGAAGCUGCUGAGUGCAUUUCCUUUCCUCCCAGUUUUUCUUUUUAAAAAAAAGGCAAAAAGAAAAAACACUUUUUUUCUUGCACUAUCAUUUGAUCUCAGUUUGCUCUUUAGCUUCUCACAAGCUAGUCCCAGUUUUCAGAGUUCAGUGCUAAGGAGUAGCAGCAGCAUUGGCAGUGAGGUCGAUGCUUAAACUGGUCUGCCUUGAUCAGCGCGGGAAUCCUGAAUAGCCCGCUUGCUUUUGAAGCUCUCUAAACUAUUAAGAUUCAAAAAAGAAAGAAAGAAAGGAAAGAGGUUUGAGAUUUAUUAUUUUGGGGGGUUUUUUUAAGAUUUUUUGGUGCUUGUUCUUAAUUGCAAGCAGGGCUUGCAAAAAUAUUUAUCUUUCUGUUUAUUUGAAAGAGUUCUUUUUUUAAAA